AUGGAUAAACAUCGUUUACGUCGAAUAGCUUUUUUACUUUGUAUUUGUGCUUGGUCAUUCCCUUCAAUUAUUUUGUUUAUUUUAUCUUUAAGUAGAGAAAAUCAAGGAUUAUUUAAUUGUGAAAGAGUUGAUUUUUAUAAUGAAAAAAUAUUUAGAUGGGCAGUUGCCGGGCUAUUAGCUAUUUUGUUUUUGGCAAUAACUUUAUGUUAUGCUAGAUUGGUUAGAAAUAAAUGUUUAAAUUUAAAUAAAUAA